ACGAACUGACUGAGAGACUGACGGAGACUUGGACACAGUUGGUUUCCAGUCCACUCAAAAAAUUCAUAACUUGUCAAAUUUAAGUAAUUUAAAAACACAUGUAGGUCAGAUUUUAAUCAUUUAAUUCUAUGUUGACUGAUUGAAACUUCUUUCCAACUGCUACAAGUUUGCUGAUAUUUGAGAUUUGAAGAAAUUAAGUGAGUUGGAGGUGAACUGAAAGGAGGAUGGACUGCUGAAGCCUUGAGGAUAAAGAUCUAAUCAACAGACAAAUUAGAGAUAACAAGACAGACUCUACAUUAGCCAGAAUAACGAGUAGCAAAGACAACCAAGAUGGAGGACUUGAAAUACAGAGGAAAGAAACGUGAGGGAAGGCACAGGGAUACAUGGGAUCCAUUCCAGCUGAAUCCACCAGGAGCUGAGAAGGAAACUAAGAGAAGAUGUUUCCAACUGGCUCAGUCCCUGGUGGCUGUUAUUGUGGGAUUGGCGGUCUUGACCAGUGCCGUUAUCGCCAAGGGCUCCCUCUUGGUGUUGUCAACAUUGUCCAGUCCAUCCUCCAUGCGCAGCCCAAAGGAAAAACAGUUCUACAUGCUGAUGUUGGUUUUCUGCCUGGUCUGCCCCAACUUCCUGGUGUUUCUGAAAUCACUAUGGAGGUGUGCCUUCAAGAGCUUUGUAAAACCCAACAUGAAGACCAUGUCAAUGAUUUGUGCCAUUGAGUGUCUGGUGUCUCUUGGAACUUCAAUCCUGGUGCUAAUUGUUAUGCCUCAGUUUGAUGUGUUGACUAAUCUCUUCAUCAGCGGAGGAGUCUGUAUUGUGUCUGCCAUUCUGCAGAUAGUAUACAGACUACAGAAAAAAAACUGGAAAAUCCUGUUCCCAAUCUGCUCCCUCAUUCUCACAGUUGCUGGUUACUGCCUCCUGGGGGUUGACUACUAUGUUCGUGUAACAACAUUUGUAGAUCGACAGAGCAGCGACUGCUUUAUCUAUGUUGGAAUUGGAAUUUUUUCUUCACUCCUCAUCUCCCUCUGCUGGUGGGAAAAUUCAAUGCAAGCAACAAAUCGCAUGCAGGAAACACUGUCAGAAUUGGACGGUUUCAGGGACUUUGUGUUUGUCAUCAGCAGUAUUCUGAGGAUAAUAGUGAUAGGAGGGGUAUACCUGUUCUACUAUGUGCUCAUUGAGAAAUCUAUCAUCUGGUCAGACUUCUGCCUGCAAAGUGAAGACUGGGAAUUACUGCAAAUAGGACUGGUGGUGUUUUUCUUACAGGCUUUCUGCUCAGCAGCCUGCCACUGGUUUGGUGUGGUGGCCUGUAAGAUUCAUGCAGUCAGGAUGAGUUUUGCUCUGCCACUGUGCUGCACAGGACCUGCAGUGCUACUGCUGGGACUUAUACUUUUCCUUACCCAGGUAGAAAAAUUGGUCGGUGCACAGACUGGGAGCAUCACAGAGUUUUGUGAAAGCCUGGCUUACUUGAGCACUAAGAACACAACCCCUGUGGUUUUACUGGAACUCACAAGGAGCAUUUGUCGAACUUCACUCAACAGCUACUAUAUGCAAUGGCCUUUUGCAAUGCUGGCACUGGAAGGUGUAUGUAUGUGGUCAGGUUUCGUCACAUGCACCUACUAUGUAUGGAAGAUCAAGGUCCAGCGUAUAGAGAGAACAUCUCAGCUCUUUGUUCGUCGACUGUAUGAAUCUGCUUUCAUUGACCUGUCACUGCUACUCAACACCAAGAUGAAGGUGGCACGAGCCAGAAACCAAGAAAGCAAUGAUGACAUACAGAGCUGUGUGAUCUAUCUUUGUGCCACCAUGUGGCAUGAAACCUACGAUGAAAUGCUGAAAAUUCUCACCUCCAUGUUCAGGUUGGACCGCUACCGAGGUGAUCCAAAAGAGGACCAUAAGGACUGUUUUGACUUUGAGUGUCACAUUUAUGUGGACGAUGCCUUCAUGACUGAAAAGGAGACAGGAAAGAGGCUGGUUAACUCUUACGUUGAAGACUUGGUCCAUGUUGUCAUAGAGGUUUACAGGGUGUUUACCAACAAAGAACCAGAUGACGUGUCGAUCAUUCAAACUCCCUACGGCGGCAGGCUGAUGUUUGUUAUGCCAGAAGGCAACAUGCUCUAUGUUCACCUAAAAGACAAAAGUCUCAUCAGGAACAAGAAGAGAUGGUCCCAGAUUAUGUAUUUGUACUAUCUACUCGGCUGGAAGGGCUACAUCGUCAAGAACCCUCAGAAGAUCCCACACCACCAUAAUCCACGCAAAGACAGUAUGAUCUCUAUGUACGGAGAGAUUUUCCUGGUGCCUCAGCAUGAAAAUGACCACAAGAGAAGAUUCAUCUCAGAUGACAACACUUACAUCCUGGCUCUCGACGGAGACACAGACUUCCAACCUAAAGCAGUGAUUCUGCUUGUAGACAGGUUGAGGAUGUAUGACAACGUUGGUGCAGCCUGUGGUAGAAUCCAUCCUACUGGUAUGGGUCCCAUGGUGUGGUAUCAGAAGUUUGAGUAUGCAGUAGGUCACUGGCUACAGAAGACAGCAGAGCAUGUGUUUGGCUCGGUGCUGUGCAGUCCAGGAUGUUUCAGUCUGUUUAGAGGAUCAGCCUUAAUGGAUGACAAUGUACUGAAGAGAUACACAACAACUGCAACCAGAGCUUCAGAAUACGUCCAGUAUGACCAAGGGGAGGAUCGCUGGCUGUGUACUUUGUUACUGCAACAAGGAUGGCGUGUCGAAUACAAUGCUGCAUCAGAUGCUUACACCAACUCACCACAAGAGUUUCAAGAGUUUUAUAACCAGAGGAGACGAUGGGGACCAUCUACACUGGCUAAUACACUGGACCUUCUGCACAGUGGUGCAGAAACAGUGAAGAGAAACUCGUCCAUCUCCAGGCUCUACAUCUUCUACCAGAUGUUCACUGUUGGCUCCUCUAUCCUCGGUCCAGCCUCUGUGACUCUUAUGAUAGCAGGUGCUUUCCAGUUUGUCUUCAAAAUCAGUGGUACACUUUCCAUCAUCAUCGCAAGCAUUCCUCCUGUGUUCUACAUCAUCGUCUGUUUUAUAGCCAAGCCUAAUACCCAAAUAACCAUUGCUGGCAUUAUGAGUGUCCUGUACGCAUUCCUCAUGACUGCAUCCUUCUUUUCUAUCAUCGGUGACAUGGUGAUUCAGGGCACCUUCCUGACCCCCACUGGCUUGUUUUUGGUUUCUAUGACAAUCAUGUACGCAGUGACUGCUAUACUACACCCGGAGGAGUGCGGGAUGGUUGUCUAUGGUCUGAUGUAUUUCAUCUGUAUCCCCAGUGGAUACCUCCUACUGACCAUCUACUCACUGGUUAACAUGCACAUUGUGUCCUGGGGCACAAGGGAAUCCAAGGGACAAGAAGAAGUGAAGAAGAACCAUAAUCUUUUGUGUGACAAAACCUGUAGACUCUGCUGCUGGGACAUGAAGUGUCAGGUAACACAAGAAACAGAGAAUCUGAUGAUUCGACAGAUCACAGGCCAGAAUGCACAGCAAGCCCCUCCUCUUCAAAUCACCCAACCAGACUCGGUAACUCAACAGACAGCUGUAAAUGUGGAGCCUCAAGUCAUUGUUGACAUAACCAAAACAGUUACAGAAGCUACGAAUCCUCCAAGUAACAACCUGAAAGAGAAGUUGGCAAAAGGCAAUGAUGCUGGCUCCUAUAGCAGUGAUGACAGUACCAAGAAAAAGAGCAUAUCACCGAGUUUAUCUGACGAAGAUGAUAUUGAGGAGGAUGAUGACAGCAUGAUUGCUGACCAAGAAGAGGACUUUCCUGUCAGCGGUGAGUACUUCAACUGUGUAUUUGUCCUGUAUGGUGAGCAUGACUUCUGGAUCAAGUUACUCGAUCGCUACCUGAAGCCUAUUGUUGACACAAAAGCACAUCUGGAGGAAGUCACCAGAGAACUCAAGUCACUACGCAACAAGGCAGUCUUCCUGUAUUUCAUCAUCAACGUGCUGUGGGUGGUAGCUACCUUCUUUCUGCAGGCUAUUGGAAAUGAUGUCAUCAGCAUCAAGAUCCCUAAAUACUAUACGAACGGAACUGCAUCUGGAGAAUUCCUCAUGGUGGAGCCUCUCAGUUUGAUGUUCCUGCUGUCUUUUGCUAUUCUUCUCAUUAUCCAGUUCCUGGCCAUGUUAUAUCACAGAGUCUACACUCUGAUCCAUGUGGUGUCCUUCCGCGGCACAGAGAAAAACUAUAGACCAAAAGAGGAUACGGCGGAUUAUGAAGACUUGACUUUGGAGAACCCCAGCGCCACUGGACUUUACAUUACCAGCGAUGAUCUGUAGUCCAUAACAACCAACUGUAACAACCAGCACACAUUGGCUUCGCCGGUGGCAUCCAACCAGUAGAUCUCUUUCCAUUUAAGGGCUGCCAAUCGAAUACUUUUUUCCGGAUUUCACAAUGCACUAAAUUCAUUUGAUGAUUAAACAGCAUAGAGGAUAGUCUGUCAAACAGUCUUCGUAGAUAGGCCAUGCAUUCAUCUCGGUGAUCAGGAAAUCAUCUCGUCUUUAGCUCUUCUGCAGCAGCUGCAACACAUCCAUUGAAUUUUGUUUUGCAAUUUAAAAUGAAUAUUUGUUGAGAUGUAAGCUCCGAUUUUUACACAAUGGGAUCUCAGGUAGGAGUGUUCCUAAUUAUCAUGUGUUUUAUUUGAAUGCAUUUCCUUUAAGACCAGUAUUUAUUCUAUGUUUAGUGUGGUUUAAUGCAUCAGGUCCACAGACUUGAUCACUUUGUGAUUAUUAAUAUUUGUUCUUACAUGCAUAUAUCAAAAUCUUUUUUAAUGAAUCACAAUCAUGAGCUAGAUAGAGAUGGAAGCAAAUCAUUUUCACUUGUUCAAGAAAAGUUUGUCUGAGCUCAGGUUAAAAAUCAAAUGUGCUGCUCCCAAGAAGCCAGUCCUUUAAAUAUUUUCUAAUGCAAUACUGGCACAAGAAAUACUGUAAGAAAUACUCCACUUUUUUGUUAACUUCAUAUAUUUUAUACUCUUAAUAGUAUGGUAUAAAUUACAGUUUUCUUUUUAAUAUUAUGUCAAGACUGUAUCAGUGUACUUAUGUAUACGAUUCAUAACAAUGCACUUUACAAAGGGAUGGAAUGUUCUUGCAAAGAUUCAAAUAAACUCCCUAAAGAAACCACUGAAUUGAUUUAAAUAAAUGUGUGGACAAUCCUCUUGUAUUAUAAAAUAAAGAUAUAAUUACAUAAAUAAAUAUAAUCAUAAUCAUUAA